AUUCGUCUCAACUUCUCUCUCUUGCUUCUGCUAUCCAAUCUGCAACGGCGAAGAACUGAGUUCCUCUCUACCCACCAUGUCCCAGACAUUCUACCCCAUCAUCGGUAUCCCGGUUCCAGCGGGGGAAGAACCUCCCCCAAGACGGGAUAUUUCCAGCUGGUCGACGUCCGAAGACCAUAACGACCAAAUCCAAGUGUCUCUUUUUAUUCGGGCCCUGCACAAAAUGCAGGAAAGGAACCCAGUGGAUAACCCGCUGUCUUACUAUCAGCUUGCCGGAGUCCAUGGAUACCCAAAGGCUCCAUGGGAUAAUGCCAAUGUCUUAGGUGGGUUCUACUGCACGCAUGGUGUAUUCACUUUUCCCACUUGGCAUCGCCCAUACAUGUUGUUGUAUGAGCAAGUGCUUCAUAGUAUCAUGGUCAGUGAACUCGUACCCGGUAUUCCUGAUGAGGCCACAAAAAAGGAAUGGACGAGUGCAGCGCAGCGAUGGCGUCUACCCUUCUGGGAUUGGGCUAUCCGUCAGUCUGGCACUGGCGAAUACGGAGUUCCGCAAAUCGUGCAGCUUGAGCAGGUCAAGGUUCUUAAACUUGGGAGCAAAGACAAAGAAUCCGUUAAUAACCCCCUUUACAAAUUCACGAACAAAAUAGACGGUCAAGAGGUCUCAAUGGAUGAUCCAAAAAUGGGGGCCCAACGUCUUCGGUAUACAGAUACAGACGACAAGUACGCGUCCUAUUUCAACAAAUGCAUUGGCACAAGCCGCUAUGCAGACCCCGAUCAAGAAUCUUGGGUGCAUGGCUCCGUGGAUAAUGCCAAAGUGAGGACCGCUAUCGAACACCCUGAAGGUGGAAAUUGGGAAUCUGGAGUGUCGAUUGCGGAAAACGUCUAUCGGAUACUCAGCGAUGACUAUUUUCAGUCUUACGAGACAUUCUCAUCCACGUACUUCAGUGAUGAAGCGAAAAAGGAAGGGAAAGUUCUUAAACCUAUGGAAUACCUUUCAUUGGAGAUGAUACACAACAAAAUCCAUAACUGGACCGGAGGGGCGCAAUCUUCUGCACUGGGCCAUAUGUCAGACGUCCCCGUCGCAGCAUUUGACCCUAUUUUCUGGUUGCACCAUUGCAACGUCGACCGACUCUUCGCAAUCUGGCAAUAUCUGAACCCCGAUAAGUGGUUUGAUAUUCCUCGUCCUGUUCCAGAUCCAAACACAGUUCCAAAACCUACGGAUGCACUACCACCUUUCCAUAUAAACAAGGAAGGCAAAUAUUAUUCCUCAAACGACGCUAGGUACUGCGAGCGACUCGGAUAUACUUAUCCUGAGUUACUCAAGCUCAAUGUCCCUCAUUUGAAGGCCAACUUGAAGAACAAAUAUGGUAAACACCUAAUGGCGAUCAAGAAGCCUGUUGGCGACGAGAACUAUCUACUCCCUGGGGUUGGCGACGAUACUUUUCCAGAUUACGUGAUCAACGUUGAAUAUGAUCGGUUUGCAUUGGGCGGAAAUCCAUAUACCGUCGAAUUUUACUUGGUGACACAUAACAAACAGAGCCAAAAAUCUGAGCAUCACACCCUUGGCUCCUUCUAUAACUUCACUGCGCCUGUGGUAUCUGACUGUGAGAACUGUAAGGUGCAGAAGAACAGCGGCGUGAAGGCAAAGGCACAAGUGCCGAUUACUCUUCCUCUGCAAGGGUUAGUCAGGCGUUCAUACUUGGAUGAUAUAGUUAGCAUUGAAAAGUCUCGUGUUGAGAAGCUGCUAAAGCAUCAGCUUGUUUAUUCUGUGACGAAGAUGUCUGGUGAACAGAUCCCUCUGGAGGAUGUUCCAGGGCUUCUGGUGACUGUCCAUGCUGGCGAUGCUACAUACCCGACGGAUGAUUCGCUUCACGUCUUCAAGCCUCAUACCUACACUCCCCUUUGGGGAGCUACUAAAGACAAGCCUCGUGGUGCCGCGCCGAGUUGAGAGUACUUUGUUUGAAUUCAUUUUCUGAUUCCAUCUCGGUGUUCGAUAUGGAUCGCGUUGGACUUAAUGGAUCAAUAAUUUCUUCGGUCAGUCAGUGCUGUGGCAAGUUUCAGCACACCAUUUGACACCUUGUGAACGAAUUCGAAAGCAUUUGAACUUACGGAGAUAAUUGCGACCAACUGGAAAAAAAAAAAAAAUCAUAUUAGUUUAGUUUGAUUGGUGAAAAUUAUGACCCUAAAAUCCAUUAUAUUUGACUCCAUACUUCAUGCAU